AUUAGGGUUUUCGACGGCAGAAGGCACGAGCGGCUUGUGAGGAAGAGUUGCGAACAGCAGCCGCUACAGCCACCAUGGUGGAGAAGGGAGGGAAGGGAAGAAGGGAGGAGGUUGUCACCAGAGAGUACACUAUUAACCUCCACAAGCGCCUCCAUGGAUGCACCUUUAAGAAGAUGGCUCCAAAAGCUAUCAAAGAGAUCAGGAAAUUUGCACAGAAGGCGAUGGGGACAACAGAUGUGAGAGUAGACGUGAAACUUAAUAAACACAUUUGGAGUCGAGGGAUCCGAAGUGUGCCUAGACGUGUCCGGGUGCGGAUAUCACGGAAGAGGAAUGAUGAGGAAGAUGCUAAAGAAGAGCUUUACUCACUGGUCACAGUGGCGGAGAUCCCUCCCGAAGGAUUGAAGGGCUUGGGGACCAAGGUUGUUGAAGAAAGCGACGAUUGAACUGCUCUGUUUCUUAUGCAGAACAUGUUUUUUGAGACUUUACUGAAAGAAGCGGCACUGAAAAAUUCUCAGCGAACUUUAUGGUAGAUAUUUUGAGUUUUUACUCCUAUUCUGUUUGAUGAUUAGACCUCUUCCUGCCACAUUUCAGAGUUUAUUGCAUCCAAGGAAUGUCUCUUCUCUCC